AUGGCAAUACGAUUUGUCUCACUCAUAACGCGAGACAACCGCCCUCUCUACGUUCAACCGUUCUCUCAGUAUGAAGGGUUGUCCGCCGAUCAGGAAUUGGGACAAAAAUCUGAAGCAACAGCUGAAGAUCCAGAGAUAACGACGGAUAGGUCCACUGAAGGUGUCCCUGCAGAGACCACCGGAACCACAGACACCACCAAAGAACAAACCAUAUCAUUCAUCGACGAGCAAAAUGUUAACGAACUGCUCAAGUAUAACUUCCUUUCUCAUAUGUCGCUGGACAUCUUUGAAUCACCUUUUUACGAACGCGCGCCUAAAGGGGGGAACUUGCUGUUCAUACAAGAUGGGAUAUACGUGUAUGGGUUCGAGACGAAUACGGGGCUCAAAAUUGUUCUGGGGACUUCAGAGAAGGAGAUUUCUGAAGACGCAUUGGCAGAGGUUUUCAAGGAUAUACACAAAGCAUAUCUCAGACUCAUAUGCAACCCGUUCAGGUCAUCCAAGGAUAUAGUAUCGAUUGAGAAUCCCACAUUCGACAAGAGGAUAAAGGAUAUAGUGACGAAAUGGAACGGUGCCGCGGCUGAAACAAAGACGAUGUAA